CACCUUGAUGUCUGUAGAUGAACUAGCAGGGAAAAUUGGGAACAGAAAACAAUAUCAAAGAAGCCUCAUUUACAACCAUUUAAAAAUACAUACAGUAUAAUGACCCAUUUGGAUGUUGAACUGUUUCUACACAAUGCAUUCUUUUCUUUUCAUCCACUGCAAAAGGUUUCAGCUCCCUCUCUCCCCUGUCGGCAGAGAGUCAGAGCUGCCGCUGCUCUAAUCCAGCAGCACUCCCACUAGUGUGGCAGCAGAGGAGACAAGGACACGCCAAUCUCCGGUCCACUCCUGAGGUUGAAAACCAAGCGUCAGAGCUCUUCAUAACCUGACAGGGGAAUAGAUUCUAGAAAGACUAACAGGACGUCGGGAUAGUCUAUCGGCACCAACACCUCAGGCAAGACAGAUUGGGAUGUUCAACACGUGCUCUCAGUGUUUUUCUGUUCAGCUUUACACCAUGAGAACACAAAGAUAACUGAGAAAAACUCCACUCAUAUCAACUUGGCUCUAGAAGCAGACGGACAGACCGACCGACCGACUACAGAAACAGCCUUGCAUCAUGGGGAUUGAGGUGUACAACAUCUCUGCCACCUCGGCCAGAGUGAGCUGGCCAUCGUCCCCCAGCUGCCUGGACACCUUCUACAGCGUCAUGUACGACCCAAACUGGAACAGCCUGCUCAUGGGCUACAAGCGCAAGAGUUUCAUGCAUGAGGAACGCAUCCCUGUCAGUCAGACCAGCACGCACCUGGCCAACCUCCUCCCCCAGACUGCCUACUUCUUGUGCGUGACAUGUCAGGCAGCCAAUCCUGUGCGCGACCAGUGCCAGGUGUUCAGCACUCUGAGUGACGACGAAGCUCACGACCGGGCCGGGUGGGAGCUCGCCAUGGGUGUCUGGCUGACCUGCUGCGUCUUGCUCCUGGUCAUUGCCGGCAUACUGUUGUGGGGAUGUCUCCACACCAUCUGCUCCAUCCCCAGUCAGGAUGCAGACGGCUGCCAUGUUGUGACCAACUCCAACCGCCAAGACAUGUCUGGAUCUGGACGCCUCUACGCUCCCAGACGCACCAGCGAGGACAGUGCCAAACAUGCCAGCAUCAUGCAGCCCCCCCUCUCGAUUAGGACCACUGGCAACAUAAUUACCCAGGACCACGAGCUGAGGACACUCGCUAAGCUGGGUGGCGCCGAGCCAGUAUGAUUCAACUGGAUUGAGGUCAUCAAAGCAUUGUUGUGCCCAGAAUGAAUUAUCACAGAGUUUUUUCAUCCAAUGUUUAAAUUCUACGAAAGCCCAGAAGGUGUUGUGGAGAAAAAAAAUAGAAACUAAUCUGUGAAUCUUGAAUUACUAAUCCGUGCUCUUGAUUUAUUGUCUAUCUUGUUUAUUAUCUUUAAUGCACCUGCAGUUGUGGCACUCACAAUUUCGUUGUAUGGGUCUCCGUGCCAAUGGCAAUAUAGGUUAAUCUUGUCUCAUCUCUUAAAACUGUGUGCUCUUUUAAUAAUUUGUGACCACGAAUUACUUAAUUCUUGCUCUUGAAACAUUACUAAUAUUAACACACACUUUAUCAUCGGUUCUUCUUGUCAUACUGCAACCAAGACACUGCAAGAUUUACAUGUAUCACUUUGCGCAUCUUGUACAAAAUAAACAGAGUUUACCUGUUGCAGUCAGACAACUAAUCUCAGGCCAACACCAUGAGAUCUAAUUCAUAUUUAGUUUGACUAUUUGGAAUGGCCUUCAGUAUUCUGCUAAAAUACAACAAAUUGCUCGCUGAAUAAAAAAAAAAAAGAGGAAAUCUUUUCCAACAUUACCCUGGCGUAGAUUAACGCACAGGAGAGCCUGGCAGGGUUGACCAGAUUUAUAAAAAAAAAAAAAAAUUGAUACAAUUGCAUUGUCAACUGGACAAAGAGACCCUGACGCAUCGUGUUAUGAAAAAUGCAUUGAUAUUACCGCUUAAUAUACUCAGUAACUGCCCAACUUAACCUCAAGUCUCCAACAAGCCUGGCUAUGCAAUUCAGGGAUCAUGUAACUGGUUUGUGGCAUGUCUUGCUUUAUCAGGCUACAUUAUUAUCUGAUCUAAUUCAUAUUUAUUUGUUAUUAUUUUAGGGUUUCAGGGGUGAGGCAACUUCUUCUUCUUCUUCCUCUGCAUGUCAGAGAGCCCUGAACUUUAAUUUAGCGACAGUUUCAACGUGUACGUGUUUUGUUAUUUAAUUGUUUGACCUUUUAGAACAGCUGUCUGGAUGAAAAAUUGCCAACAGGUCUGGACAUGCAACAACAUGGGUUUGAUUGAUGAUGGACAGUCAUAUCUGAUUUCAUGCACAUCACACUACUUCCUCUGAUCUAGCAUGAAUGACGCACUAAAUCAAGAGCACAAACUUUUCUCUGUGACGCCUGUCAGGCUCUUACUGCACCACUCCAAAGUUCUCAAUGAUAAAUGUUCUGCAAAUGCAA